AUGUUGAAAACAAGCCGAACAGAAACCGACGCCGAAGCCUUUGUCCAGCGCCUCACUCUCAAAGAAAAGGUCGCGCUAACCGCCACGGUCGACUGGUGGUGCACGGCCAAGUUCAAGUGGGAUGGCGUCUAUCUCCCUCAGAUCAAGCUAUCCGUCCUCAGAAUUAUUUCCAGAGUAUGGGAGGUGCUGAGCUAUGCGUUUUUAGACCUCAUGACGGACCGAAUGGAGCCCGUGGCAAGAGCUUUAUUGCGCUGGAGACGAGGAGUAAAAACGCGGAUGUGGUCGCAACCACGAGAGAUACUCGGAGGAUCCGCACGUACUGGGUAUGAUGGGCGCUUGAUAUAUAAUGGAUGCCAAUCUGCCGGGGUCGCAGCAACCCCAAAACACUUUGUUGCCAACAAGAUCGAAAAGAGGCGGCGUUUCCUUACAGCCCAAGUCGAUGAGCGAGCACUACGAGAGCUGUUUUUCUAUCCGUUCCAGUUGAUUCUGAAGCACUCCGACCCUUGGUGUUUCAUGACUAGUCAUAGCCGCGUAAAAGGCACAUACACAUCUGAAAGCCCAUACCUCAUCCAGGGCAUCCUCCGCAAUGAGUGGGGCUUCAAGCGCCUCGUCAUGUCCGACUGGGUGGGCACGUAUUACGCCGCUGCGAUGAACGCAGGUCUUGUCCUCGAGAUGCCGGGACCUACAAUUUUCCUAACCUCUGAACUGGAAACGCAGGUCUACCUCUAG